AUGGUCAUCAGGAACUGUUGGCACAAUCGCCCCAUCUUCAGUGUCCUCAUCAACAUCCUGCAGAAGCAGGACUACACGAAUCACUUCACAGCCCUGGUGUUCCUGAUUGAGCUGCUCCGGUGCCCUCAAGUGGCAGCCAUUGUGGAUGAUGCCGCUGCCCGCAUCCUGGGCAACUGGUUCAAGUGUGAGGAUCCAGCCACCGUGAAGCUCCUGCUGCAGGUGGUAGAGAUCUUCGCGAAGCAUGGAAACAUGGCACGACAGCUGUCCCUCCUGCAGCCCUACGUGCUCAGCUGCUGCUACUCCCUGGACAGUCAGCUGGUGCUGGAGACGCUGCAGGCGCUGCGGUGUCUGGUGGAGCACCUCACCUGGCAGCACUCCUCCUCCUUCCUCACGCAGCUCACCUUCACCCUCAUGCCCUUCUUCGAAGAGGAUUCGGAGAUACUGCGCCUGACGGCCUUUGAGAUCUAUGGGAUUCUCUUGGAUAAGAUCAAGAGGAAUGUCCUGGUGUUCCCCCUCAGGCACCAGGUCCUCAACUUGCUAGUCGUCCUCGUGCUCCACCUAGUGGACAUGAACGUCAGCGUGGCUCAGGUCUGCCGGCCCACGCUCUGCCAUACAGCCACCAUACUGGGCUGGUCCAAGCUCAAAACCAUAUUUGCCGAGAAAGAUGUGUGGACGAUCCUCAGGGCCCUGCUGGAGCAGGAGAGCAGCAAAGCCCCCUGGUUUCUGAAGCAGAGCAUGAUGCUCUUCAAGAGCCCCCAGGCCGCCAUCCGCCAGGCAGCAGUGUGGUUUGCAGGCCAGAUUAUCCAAACCCUGCCCGAGGAGGACACCAGCGACAUCGAGGCAGCGUAUUCAGCCCUCUGGGAAAUGCAAGAAGACCCCGAUCCCAGCAUCAGCUGCCUUGCCACACAGACCUUCUACAUCCUGGAAGCAAGGGAGAAGAUGGUGGCCCAGGCCUCGACCUCCUGCCUCUGCGGCAGGAGUUCUCGAAAGAGACACUUUUGA